GCUAUAUGGAGACCCUGUCGGGUAAACAAUUCAACUUCAUCUCCCCAAGUGCUCCUUACACUUUCAGACCAAGUUGGGGUCUUAUUCAGACGCACUAAAGAAAACCGUUUGCAACCAUCUACGAGUUCGGUGGAUAAGUCAAGAUGCAGGAAUCAAAGACAGAUCUGUCAGCCAAUAGCAGUGCAGCUGGGCCAAGCAAACAGAACCCAGAAAACGGAGAGCAAUCCACAAGCGAAACAUCGUCAACCCGCUCUCAACACAUGCAACAGGUACAGGCUCCGCAAGUCACUCAACAACAACAGCAGAGUGGUGUCAAGUCUCCCAAGGGUGCGGACAAGGAGGCAGACACGCAGGUACCUGUAUCAGUAGCAUUGAUGGCCCCUCAGAUGAUGAGUCCUCAGCAGAUGCAACAGAUUCUCCAGCAGCAGGUUCUGAAUCCUCAACAGCUCCAGCUCUUACUACAACAACAGCAGGCCCUGAUGCUACAGCAGCAACAGCUUCAGGAGUUUUAUAAGAAACAGCAGGAGGAGCUUCACUUACAGCUUCUCCAGCAACAGCAGCAUGCUGGGAAACAGAGUAAAGAGAUGGUGGCACAGCAGGUGGCUAUUCAACAGCAGCUCCUACAGGUCCAGCAACAGCACUUACUGAACCUACAGAGACAGGGACUACUGUCUGUUCAGCCCCCAGCAUCUCUGCCUCAGAAUCUUAUCCCAGCAGACCUACAGCACCUGUGGAAAGAGACGACCGGAGCGACAACAGAGGGAAGGAAAGAGGAGAGCGUCAGAGGGGACCAGUCCCCCUCAACACCCAAAAAUCAGAUCCUAAACUCCCAUGGCAGCACCAACGGGCACCACACCCCACGCCCUGGCAGGAGAGAAAGUACUCAGGACGGUCAUUCGCAGUCCUCCCAUCCUCUCUAUGCACAUGGUGUGUGUAAGUGGCCUGGCUGUGAAGCUGUCUUUGGAGAUUUCCAGUCAUUUCUCAAACAUUUGAACACUGAGCAUGCACUGGAUGACAAGAGCACAGCGCAAUGUAGAGUUCAGAUGCAGGUUGUUCAGCAGCUGGAAUUGCAGCUCGCAAAAGACAAAGAGCGUCUCCAAGCCAUGAUGGCUCACCUGCACGUGAAAUCGACCGAGCCCAAACCGCCACUUCAGCCGGUCAACCUGGUGUCCAACCUCACCCUUGCCAAGGCAGCCAUUCCCAAGACUCUGACCUCCAUGAGUCUAUCCCAGAGUGCCACAGCCCCCUCAACCCCCAUCACCCCUCUCCCACAAUCCCCCUCUGUCAUCAUCCCAAACAGUCUGCACAGUGGAGGAGGCGGACCUGUCCGCAAACGCUACUUAGACAAGUACAAUGUGUCCAUGGACCAAGACAUUGUGCAAAACAAGGAGUUUUAUCUGAGUGCUGAGGUCAGGCCUCCGUUCACAUAUGCAGCUCUAAUAAGGCAGGCAAUAUUUGAGUCACCAGAAAAGCAGCUAACACUAAACGAGAUCUACAACUGGUUCACUCGAACAUUUGCAUAUUUCAGACGAAAUGCAGCCACAUGGAAGAAUGCAGUUCGCCAUAAUCUCAGUCUGCAUAAGUGCUUUGUGAGAGUAGAGAAUGUGAAGGGGGCCGUCUGGACUGUGGAUGAGCUUGAGUUUCAGAAGAGAAGGCCACAGAAGAUCACAGGGACUCCGUCUCUGGUGAAGAGCAUCCAGUCCAGUUUGGGACACAGCCCAGCUAUAUCAGCACUACAGGCAGCAAUGAUGGACAGUACUCUGCCAUUGUAUGGCUCUGCCUCUGUGGGCGGUUCCAGUCUGAGGAGUCUGGCCAGUGUGAUGCAGGAGGAGCAGCAUCCUCAGGACCAUGAUGAUAGCUUACACAGUGACUCCAGUCUGGACUUCUCCCCAAACACUGCUCAACUGAGAGAGGAACAGCUGGAAGGGGAGGAUUGUGAGAAUUCCGUGUCUCCAAGAAUGAUGGAGGAGCCCAGCUCAGAUCUAGACCAGGACACCGAAUACCAUGGCAACAGCAACAUUGACCAUGCUACUCUUGAUGUCCAGCCUGCUUGUCCGCCCACAUUUUCCUGAGAGCCAAGAAGCUUCAUUCCACAGCUGGAUAUCUAAGCCCUCAUUGACAGCUAGACAAUGUACUGACAGACUGGUAGAGCCCAUUUCUAUGGAGUUCAAUAGAAACAUAUUCCACUUGGGAACAACUCUGUUAUUUAUUUAUAAUAUUGCUGUAACGGUGAUUGUUUGUAUACCAUGGAUGGACCUCAUUGGUACUAAAAGGGCUUCAGUGUGUGUGGGUAAUGACAUAGUGACCAUGUGCCCACAGAUAGAGAGCAUAAGGCAAUGUCAGAAGCUCAUAUGGGGCCAGCAAACGUACAGUAAAGCACAUAAGUCCAUUUAUGUCUCCCAUGUCCUAGAUGGUUCAGCCCUGAGUUUGUCACCACUGCCUCAAAUACUGUAUAUUUGAUCACCAUUGUUGGUCAGAUGUGGUCCUCUGUGUUGGACUACUUAGAAGUGGUUAUCAAAACUUGUGAAUGUUUUAUUGUACCUUUUACCUCUGUUUUUCAAGGUAGAACCAAACCAAAGGGAAACAUUUGUAACCAGCACUUGAUGAAUGUUUGUAUUUCUUAAAUUUAGAUUGUUUCUUCAUUUCAUGUUUUGUUUUUACAUGUAAAAUUAUCACUGAAUUUCUGUUGUGUUAACAGCACCUCCCUCACAAAAUAUCAAAACUAAUUUGUUCUUCAAUGUCUAAAAUAAUUAACCAGCAGAACUCAAUCAAACUUUUUUCUUGUAUUUGUAUAAAGCAACACUUUGUCUAGUUUUGGUAGGUCAUUCUUUCUUUAUUGAUGAAAUUAUUAAAUACAUUUACCAAAGACUGCAAAACAAAAAAAUUACUAUCAUGUAUUACCUUUUUUUGCAUAGUCCCUUUCAGUAUCUCCAGCAUGUAAUGAUUUGAUGGAGUGAAAUAUUGUCACUCCAGUGAAAAUAAAUGAGAAAAUGACAUGAAGGGAUUUAACUGUUGUGAACGGUUAAUGCCAAAUACAUACCUCCAAGUGAUCUGAUGGAGGAAUAAUAAGGGGAUUGGGGAAAAAAAAUCACAGCAGAGACCGAUUAAGAUGAGAAAAAGAGAGGACACUAAAUAUGGCCUGAAUGCUCAUAUAUGUACCAUUUCCUGAGACUAGAGGGAUAUAUGAUUUCUGAUUUAAUUGAUGUUCUUUCAUUGUCGAAACUGUUAACCAACACUUGACUUUAAUGGAGGAUCUGUGGGCCCAUAACUUUUUACACAAAUACACUUGUUUGUAUGAAUGGGCGAUGUUGUGCUUUAUAAAUAAAUUCUACA